AAGUGGAACAAGCGAUGAAGAAAAAGAAGGAGGACCACCGAGAGGAGGAAGAUUUAACAAGAAAGCAUCUCUUUCUAAAGGAAAAGGUUCUGCUUCAGAUGGAAGCAGUGCUAAUGAAGA